AUGACGAGAAACACGAACACGCCGCCUGAUUAUUAUGCAAUCCUCGAGGUUUCAGAGAAGGCCUCUGCUGCGCAAAUCCGAGAUGCGUACAAGCGGGCUGCUCUGAAGACACACCCCGACCGGGUCGCCAACGAUUCACCCGAUCGUGAGCAGAGGACCCGACGCUUCCAGCUUGUCAACGACGCAUACUAUACCCUCUCGGACCCUACCAGACGACGAGAAUACGACCUCCAGCGAGGAUACUACCACGUGCCACCGGCAUCCGAUCCCUUUUCAGACGCCGACGACACUGCAGGAACUGGCCAGAGCUACUCAUGGGCAUGGGAGCACUUUGAGAAUAAGAGCGGCGGCACGACCCCUAGCGGCCGCCAAGAGACUGAAGAUGCACAGUUUAGUGACGCCUUUGAGGAGAUGAUGCGAGACGAGGGGUUCUCACAGGAUGGGACUCCGAAUCCGCAAGGAGGCACCUCGACCAUGUGGGGUAUGGUCGGUGCGGUCAGUGGCGGCGCUCUGGGAUUCAUUGUUGGCAAUGUUCCUGGACUGCUCGCCGGAGCCGUGGCCGGUAACCGACUUGGAGCGAUCAGAGACACAAAGGGGAAGAGCGUUUACGAAGUCUUCCAGGAACUUCCUCAAGACGAUAGGGCAAGAUUGUUGAGCCAGCUGGCUGCAAAGGUGUUCAGCCACGUUGCUAGCUAGCCCUCCGUGAUGACGAGGAAGACACAAUGAAUUGGCGCUUGGGAAAAGGAUGGGAAUCUUGGUGGAUGAGUCUUGGGCGGAUUCCUUUUUCUUGAAUGUAGCUUUCUUUCUUUUUUAUUCUUUUACGACCUCCUUCUUGACGAUGGAUAUGCUAUGAGACAAUGGAAACGACAUUUACCUUUC